GGUGUAAUAAAUCAAGCUCAUCGAAACUAUGAACUUCAACAAAUUAAACAAAUGCAUAAUUAUACAAUAACUACUACAUUACACAAAGCUAAUAAAGGUCCAACCCAAGAACCAGAAGUACCAACAAAUGAUAUAAACCAAGACACUGAUAGUGAAGAUGAAUUACAAGUACUAGUUAAUCAAGACUCUGCAAAAAGAAAUAAACACAACUUAGAGAAAGUAUUAAGUUUAUGGGAAUCGAUGCUUGAAGAUGAAAAAUUAAAUGAUGAUUGGGAGAAAGAUACAAUAGACUUAUUAUAUUAA